CGGGACGGUGUCGUCGAGGCCUUCAGGAUGGUGCAGUGCCUGACAUACCGCCGGCGGCUCUCCUACAACACCGCCUCCAACAAAACCCGCCUGUCCCGAACCCCAGGAAAUAGAAUCGUUUACCUGUAUACCAAGAAGGUUGGGAAGGCGCCGAAGUCCGCGUGUGGUGUGUGCCCCGGCCGGCUUCGAGGAGUCCGGGCAGUGCGGCCCAAAGUUCUGAAGCGGCUGUCUAAAACAAAGAAGCAUGUCAGCCGGGCCGAUGGCGGAUCCACAUGUGCCAAGUGUGUCCGAGACAGGAUCAAGCGCGCUUUCCUUUUUGAGGAGCAGAAAAUAGUGGUGAAAGUGUUGAAGGCACAAGCACAGAGCCAGAAAGCAAAAUAA